GGCCCGAGGCGCUGCGCUGCUUCUCCUACAACCAGGACUGCACCUCCCUGGCGAUCGGCACCGACACCGGCUACCGGCUUUUCUCCCUGAACUCCGUGGAGCAGCUGGACCAGGUCCACGAGAGCAAUGAAACCCCAGAUGUUUACAUCGUGGAGCGCCUCUUCUCCAGCAGCCUGGUGGUGGUGGUUAGUCAAGCCAAGCCGCAGCAAAUGAAUGUCUAUCACUUCAAGAAAGGGACGGAGAUCUGCAAUUAUAGCUAUUCCAGCAGCAUCCUGUCCAUCCGGCUGAACCGGCAGAGGCUGAUCGUUUGCCUGGAGGAGUCUAUUUAUAUUCAUAACAUUAAGGACAUGAAGCUUUUGAAGACUAUCCUAGAUACACCUCCAAAUGCAACAGGUAAGCCAAUGAGCCUGGAUCAAAGAGAGAAAAAACAACUGGCCAGGCAUUCUGCAGACAGCAGCAGAGAUCAGAGCCUUACCGCGAGCAGCCGAGACAACCCACUGUUUAUGCUAGCAGCGAGACUCCAGAAGUGCAAGGAAGGUUUAUGUGCACUUUCUAUCAACCAUUCCAACUCCUACUUGGCGUACCCUGGCAGCACGACGACUGGGGAAAUCGUGCUUUAUGACGGAAAUCAUUUGAAACCUGUCUGCACAAUCCCUGCCCACGACGGGCCCCUGGCUGCGCUUACCUUCAACUCAGCUGGAUCGAAGCUGGCGAGCGCUUCAGAGAAAGGCACCGUCAUCCGUGUGUUCUCCGUGCCUGAAGGGCAAAAGCUCUAUGAAUUCAGGAGAGGAAUGAAGAGGUAUGUGAACAUCAGCUCUCUCGUGUUCAGCAUGGACUCGCAGUUCCUCUGUGCUUCGAGCAACACUGAGACUGUGCACAUCUUUAAACUGGAACAUCUCACAGACAGCCGGCCAGAAGAGCCUCCAACUUGGGGCGGUUACAUGGGGAAGAUGUUCAUGGCAGCUACCAACUACCUCCCUGCUCAAGUGUCAGGCAUGAUGAGCCAGGACCGAGCCUUUGCCACCGUGCGUUUGAACUUCUCGGGACAAAGGAACAUCUGUGUGCUCUCCACGAUCCAGAAGCUGCCUCGACUGUUGGUUACCACAUCAGAUGGACACCUUUAUAUCUACAAUCUGGACCCUCAAGAUGGAGGACAGUGCAUCUUAAUUAAGAAACACAGUCUGCUCGGGCCAAGGAAGAUGGAAGAGAACAAAGAAAAUGACCUCCGGCCUCCAUUACCUCAGUCCUACGCAGCAACAGUAGCCAGACAGAGUAUGACGCCUUCGACCUCGUCCAUGCCAGGUUACUCAGAAGAUGGGGGUGCCCUGAGAGGAGAGGUUAUCCCAGAGCAUGAGUUUGCAACAGGACCCGUGUGCCUUGAUGAUGAGAAUGAGUUCCCUCCUAUAAACUUGUGCCGUGGAAGUCAUUCGGGCAAAGUGAAGAGGUCAUGAUGAGAAGCACGUGUCAGCAUUCGGGACAGCGCUGGGAGGUGGUUUGGAAAAGCCAGGAAUGUGGAAGAACGCAUUUGUGAGUGCCCCCGGGGGGAACGGUCCGAGCUGCUCUGUUCCCUUUACUACGGUCCGAUCGAGUGAUUAUUACCUGCCCCCGCUGGCCCUUUGUGUGAAGUGGUAUAUGGGUGUGGUAUAAACGUACUGUAUGCACAUUGCUAUAUUUAACAAAUGAUAUCUUAGAACCACAGUGUAAAUGCUAACUUAACUAGAUUUCUAUGUAACCUGAAUUUUAUAUACAUCGAUUUCCUCUUUUCUAAUUUAAGCUGUUUCAUGUGUAUAAAUGUACCGAUAGGAAAGUCUAUUAAACUAUAUCUUUGUACAGUAUAUACAUAGUAUUCUACCCGUGCAAAAUAUUUUUUGCAGUGGUAUUGGGGAAGUCACAACUUACUCCAUUUGAAUUCUACUGGAAGACUAGUAAUAAAGUUGUCAUGUGUCAGCCGC